UCAACUUUUACGACUACCAUAGUUCGCCCGAUAACAAUAUUGUAACAUUUCUAUCUUUUUUUUCAAGAAUUUAUUAAAUUACUACACUUACGUUUGGUUAGAAUGGCAGUAAAUAAACCUAUUGUGAUAUCAGAUACGGAGAAACUUGAAACUGCUAAAAAAUUUAAGGCUGAUGGCAAUGAAUGCCAUAAAAACAAGGAUUAUAAACAUGCUGUCGGAAAGUACCAUAGGGCCCUUCUGCAAUUAAAGGGUAUUGGAAGUGCAAAAAGUGCAGGCCUUGGAGCAUUCAUGUCAGAAAAGGACAUGGAAGAGAUGGGAUAUACUCAGCGUGUGCCUGAAAAUGUUAGAAUUGAAGUUACAAAAUUGACUGCAGAUUGCUACAACAAUUUAGCUGCAUGUUUACUACAACAGCCAAACCCAAACUAUGCAAAGAUCAUUGAAUACUGCAGUAAUGUGAUAGAACUUACUCCAAACAAUGUGAAGGCUUACUACAGGAGAGGUAUUGGCUAUUGCAACUUGGAGAACUAUGAGAAAGCUCUGGAGUCGUUUGAUCAGGCAGAAAUGGAAGCUGGUAGUAAAAUAGAUAAAGGACUUAAAGUUCUGUUGAAUAAACAAGUGCAGAUAUGCAGGGAAGGUAUACGUCGACAGGACCAACAGCUUAGCAAGGCAUACAGAGGAAUGUUUGAUAGAAACACUGGUAAAACUGACAGUGAUAAAAAUGGCUGAUCAUUAUAAAUUUUGCCUCUAGUGGAAAUAUUUUCUUGUGUUCUGUCUGUGCUAGAAGAUAUUUUAUUACCUCAUAGCAAAGGUGAAUAUUAUCAGGCUUAACAAAGAUAUUGAUACAAGACUAGCUUUUUGUUUUAAUAGUUCAAAUAUAUUGUAUGUGGAGCCAGUUUUGUAAUUUUUGUUAGAAUUUUAAGUUGAACGGCUGUUAUUAAUGACUGCAUGGAAGUAUUAAGCUGAUGUUAGGAUGUUAAAGAAGAGGAUAUAUAUGUUCACAAAAUGUGUUCUGUACAAUUUGUAAUGCAGGGUUCUCGAGAAACUUUCAAACAAGUUUCAAAGUAGCCUAGACAUUUUUAGCUCGACUAUUCGAAGAAUAGGGGAGCUAUCCUACUCGCCCCGGCGUCGGCGUUAGCGUCACACAAAUGUUAAAGUUUGCGUACCACCCUAAAUAUUUUCAAAGUCCAUUGAGAUAUUGCUUUGAUAUUUUGCAUACUUGUUUACCAUCAUGACCCCAGUCUGUAAAAAGGAGGAGGCAACUCUAUCAAGCAUUUUGAUUGAAUUAUGGCCCCUUUUCGACUUAGAAUAUGCUUAUUGUAAUGUUAUAGUUUUACUCAUAGCUUAUAUUAUACUAUCAAGCACUGAGAAUAGUCGAGCAUGCUGUCCACUGACAGCUCUUGUUAAGUUUUGUGUUAAAUAGCUCAAGUUGAUCUCAUAACAAUCAGCUUUGGUCUGUGAUAAAUUGUCUGUACUGUUGUCAUUGUGAAAGCUUGAAGUAGAAUUUUCAAUUGAACAAUUUUACAUGCAUUUAAAUCUUUGAAAUUAACACAAGAACAAAAUGAAAGUGUGUAACAAAACCAUCUCAUUAAUGGAAUCUUCAGUCUUUGUUAAAGUGAAAUUAGACAUUAUUAUUAAUGUUUGAUAGGA